AUGGAACUACCGGCUAGUAACAAACAGCUCACAGAGCUUUAUUGGGAUUCAAUUCUGCUCACAGAAAGCAGCUUUCUAGAUCCUGGCCAUCUCGACUACCCCAGUUUUCAGAGAUUUGUGGUGCAGGAAGUUGGUAACAUGCUGACAAUACUUGAUAAAGGCUACAAGAUGGACUCUAAGAGGGCGGGCAAAUCGCCAUGGAGGCACAUAGGACUCUCUUACAGUAUUCUAUAUUUUGCAGACUGGUACUCAAGCCCUAUCUGGUGUAAGAAUGAUUCUACUCGCCUGCAAGUUGUGCUGACCAGAAAUAUGCACAAUGUCGUUAGGCCGUUAUUAAUGGCGUUGCUGGAGUACGCCGCGAAUUUGAAUCUUGUGAUGCUUCGUCUCCACGUUUCAAGAAACGUAGAUGGCAUCAAAGAGCUUUUGCGCAAUUUAAAUUGGCUUGGAGGCCGAAUUGUUUCCAACGAGAAUCGGUUUAAGGCCUUGGAAUGCCUAACACCUCAAGAGGGUACAAUGUUUUCAGACGAAAAAUAUGUCAUUAUUGAGUUUGAGUGCUAG